AUUUAGUCUUUGGUUUGUUAGGUGCGUUAAGUCUGCUGGAUUUAAUUGGGUUGUAGUGAACUAAGUCGUCCUUUUGCAUCCUCCAUUCACUAAGGGGUACUCUAAGGCCCCCUUUGAGAUUUAAAGUGGAAUAUUUGGGUCGUUAAUAUUCCAUUUGACAUGAAAUGGAAUAGACUUUUCAACUUUGGUAUUAUUAGUCUAUGGGGAGUAAGGAUAUUUCGUGGUUAUUCCGACAUUACCAGAGUGGUAAGUAUUGAAGUACAGUUAUAGUCUGUGACAAACAAACUUGGGCGCCGCUCAAGCUACCUACGUUUGGACAAAAUUGAUCAGUUUUGGGACAGUCUCAUUGACAAUUGUGGGUGAAUUUUGGGAUAAUACUACGAAAUGAGACUCAAAUCUGCAUAUAAUUAGGGGUUUCCCCUAAAUUUACACAGGGUUAGGAUGUUUUUGAGCACUUAUAUGAAUUCAAACACUCACUAUAGCCUGAAAGCUGUCUCCAACUAGUUGAAAGCAGGCUUUCAGUUUGCUGCCUGGUUUUCGAUUGUCAGGUUUAUCGCGGCAUGGCUCCUUACAGGAUCGUGUUUAUCCGUCACGGAGAGAGUGUUUACAAUGAAGAAAAUCGAUUUUGUGGUUGGCACGAUGCAGACCUUUCAGGACAAGGUAUCACUGAAGCUAAGCAAGCUGGCCAACUUCUUCACCAAAAUCAUUUCACCUUUGACAUCGCCUAUACAAGUGUUCUAAAAAGAGCCAUCAAGACUUUAAACCUUGUCCUUGAUGAACUUGAUCUUAACUGGAUACCUGUGAUGAAAACAUGGCGUCUAAAUGAAAGGAUGUACGGUGCUCUUCAAGGUCUAAAUAAGUCUGAAACCGCUGCCAAACAUGGAGAAGAACAAGUUAAAAUAUGGAGACGUGCUUAUGAUAUACCUCCCCCUCCUGUUGAUACUUCAGAUCCUCGCUUCCCCGGUAAUGAGCCAAAGUAUGCCUUACUUGACUCUUCCUGCAUACCACGUACUGAGUGUUUGAAGGACACUGUUCAACGUGUACUGCCAUUUUGGUUUGAUACUAUUUCUGCAAGCAUCAAGAGGCACGAACAGGUUCUGAUUGUCGCCCAUGGAAACAGUUUACGAGCGCUUAUCAAGUACUUGGAUAAUACAUCGGAUUCAGAUAUUGUGGAGCUUAAUAUACCCACUGGUAUUCCACUAGUUUAUGAACUGGAUGCAAACUUGAAGCCAACCAAACACUAUUAUCUUGCCGAUGAAGCGACAGUAGCAGCCGCUAUAGCACGUGUGGCGAACCAGGGAAAAAAGAAAUGA